AUGGCGAAACGAAAGAGCACUUCCGACGCAGCCACGGCGAAGCCCGCCACCACCACAAAGACAGACCUCCCCACCGCGCUGUCCACACCCUGGUCCUUCCUCCAGCCCUCCAGCACCCUGCACGCCCUCCUCGCCGACUCAGCGAAACAGAUCCUCGACCCGCUCGCAACGUCCGUCGUAGACGAGCAAACCGCCCGCAAACAACUGAACAAGAAGCGCAAGCGCUCGGAAGAAAUCGACGCCGCGCCGCCUCUGCAAUUAAAGAAUCUCUACGUUGACGGCUUCACAUCGAAUCAAGUAUGGGAACAAGCGACGCGGAUACUGGAGUCUGCGGGCGCGGAGAUCCAAAGGGAUGUUGCUCUUAUUGCGCAGUUUGGGGAUCUGCUUUCGGAUGAUGAGGAGGGUUCUUUGGCUGAGGGAUCCGGGCCUGAGGAGCUUGGUUCUGAGAGCGAUGAUGCUGAGAGCAUGUCAGAUGCUUUCUCGGGCGAGGAAGAGGAUGAGCUUGAGGGGUCUGAGGCUGAGCUUGGAGAGGAGGAUGAGCUUGAGCUUGAGGAGGGCGGUGUUGACGAUUUCGAUGAGAUGGAGGAAGGAUUUAGCGAUGAGGAUGAGGAAGGGUCUGCGGCCUCUGAGGAAGAAGAGGAGGAUGGCGGAUUCUACACUGAGGAUAAAUUCGGCCUUAAUGAUGGGUUCUUCUCUAUCGACGACUUCAACAAACAGUCCGAAGAGCUGGAGAGGCAAGAUAUGAAGGGAGGUGCGGACGACGACGACGAUGAGGAAGAGGAGGAAGUCAACUGGCACGCGGACCCCGUUGUUGCGACUGACGCUCUUCCCAAAUCCAAGCCAGCUCCCAUUGGGGGUGAUCAAGAUGAGGAUAUGGACGACGACAGCGAGGAAGACGGGCCGACUUUCGGCAACGCUGAUCUCAACGCCCCCGACUCCGACGACGAUGCCGAGCCUGAUGUCGACCCCGAAGCAACCAGCUAUGGCGACACCAGCAACAUCAGAUAUGCCGACUAUUUCAAGGCGCCGGCCCGCAAGGCUUCGGAGAAGAAAUUCCGCUCUCUCCCGAAGACCCAGCCCAAGGCUGCUGCGGAUAUCACCCAAGAAGAUGUCGACCGAGCCAUGGCUGAUGUCCGACGCGACCUCUUCGACGACGAGGACGAGAUGGAGGAUGGAGGUGAAGAUAUGGAGGUAGAUGGCGAGAACCAAGGUCCCAAGUCUACCCACGAGAAGCAAAGGGCCAAGAUCGCAGAUGAGAUCCGCCGAUUAGAAGCCGCCAAUGUGGCCAAGAAGGAGUGGACAAUGGCCGGUGAAGCCCGGGCCGUGGAACGACCCGUGAACUCGCUCAUCGAAGAAGAUCUUGACUUCGAGAGAGUGGGUAAGCCAGUCCCCGUCGUGACGAACGAAACCUCCGAGGACAUCGAGGAACUUGUCAAGCGCCGAAUUCUCGCCAACGAGUUCGAUGAAGUCAUUCGCCGUCGUCCGGGCAUUGGUGACUCCAAGGCCCAGCGUCGCGCACGAUUCGAGCUCGCAGAUACCAAGCCGCAGGAAAGUCUGGCUGAGAUGUAUGAGGCUGAACACCAGCGCGCCAACGACCCCAACUACGUCGACACUAAGGACAAGAAGCUCAUGCGAGAGCAUGCGGAGAUCCAGAACCUCUGGAAGGAGGUCAGUGCUCAGUUGGAUACGCUUUGCAACUGGCACUACACUCCCAAGACUCCUCAGGCCAACAUCAAUGUGGUUACCGAUGCCGCGACCAUCACGAUGGAGGACGCUCGCCCUACAGCUGGCAGUGCCGCUGGCGGACCAUCUGCGCUUGCUCCCCAGGAGGUCUACGCACCUGGCGACGAUGGCAAGGUUGCUGGCGAGGUUCUUCUCAAGACUGGCGCGUCUAUUUCCAAGGAUGAGAUGAGCCGCGAAGAGAAGGCCCGCAAGAGACGACAGGGCAAGGCCCAAUACAAGUCUAGCGACAAGCCCGCCGAACCCAAGGGCAAGGCUGCCGAGAAGCAACAGCUGAUGUCUGAUCUGAAGAAGGGUGGUGUCAAGGUCAUUGACAAGGAGGGCAAGGUUACCAACAUGGACGGUGGUAAAGACAGGAAAGAGCACGGUAACAAGGGUGAUAAGCUAAAGCUGUGA